UUCCCUGUACAUUAAUAACAUGACCUACUAACAAGUGUCACGUUACUGUAAGAAAGCAGCAUAAAAUUUCAUUAAAUCCCCUCAAAAGAAGAAUUUCUAAUCAGAAGUUAGGCUAUAAAUAUGAAGAAGAAUUUCCCCUUAAAGUACACACGUAAACAGCAGUUAUGAAGAGUCAAGAGCCUCGUUCGAGCUCUUCUUGUGCAGCCUGCAAGGCCUUGAAGCGAAGAUGCACCCCAAAUUGCCAGUUCGCCCCGUAUUUUCGUUCAGACGAGCGAAAGAAGUUUGCCAAAGUACACAAGGUGUUCGGAGCCAGCAACGUUAGCAAGAUUCUUAAUGAGGUGGCGGAGGAGCAACGAGACGAUACGGUGAAUUCGCUUGUUUACGAGGCUGAGGUGAGGCUGAGAGACCCCAUUUAUGGUUGCAUUGGAGCUAUAGCUUCUCUGGAGAAGAAGAUGGCUGAAUUGGAGUAUGAUCUGAUGCAUGCUCGAGCUCGUCUUGCAUUUUGUGUUAACCAGCAUGGGAAUAUGGCCACUUGGAUCCAAGAUAUUCCUGUGUCGAGUGGUAUGGUGGAGACCUACAAUCAGAAUUCGUUUUCCUUUAAUCAAUUUAGUCAUUUUCCAUUUCCUUAAUUAUCUGACAAAAUAUUGAUGGAUGUCAUCUGAGUCGAAGUGAAACUUUAUGUAAUUGUGCUCUGCAAGUGAAUAUGAAUAUCCCUCAGUAACUGUGGCUUAUCUUUUUUCAUGGUAUUCAACAAAGUUUGUUCUUUCU